AUGUCGCGGUGUCCUGCAGGGGAUCAGAAGAUGGAAUAUAAAGCAUUGCUUCUGCCAUAUGAGCAGGAGUUACAGAUUGUCCAGAGCAAAUUGCAGUUGCUCCGAGCAUCGACUUGGAGAGGACGCCGUAUUCUGUUGGGUGGAUACAUCACAGCCAAGCACAAGUCCGCACUAUCCAUUGUGUACCCGAGACCUGCAGGAGUGGGCGAAAUAUUUGAGGAUGCUACGUGUCUUACAUUACCUAGCACACCUCAUUUUGACGAGUUUUGGAAGACACGGAAGGAACGAACUGUGUCGUCACUUCAGCGCGUGCCUACCAAGCUCGUAUCACCUGUCAUCCAUAAUCACGUUCACAUCUCACCUGCUAUCAACGACAUGCUGGCUUCUAGUAAUGGCCCACCUUUCGGGCAACAAGACCAAGGCCCAAAACCACUCAAGAGGACAUAUGCACUCUACAUGGAGAGUGACGAGGAAUCGGACGAUGACUGGCAACCGCCGCAGAGCAUUGAUGACGUCCUUGCAAUCAUCCAUGCUCGCUACCCUGAUAUGAAGUUCCCACAGUAUGUGGAUAAGCUGAAGGAUCGCGGCAUACUUUAUUUGGUGACGGCAGCACAUUUUAGUAUUCAAUUCUACGAGGAGAAGAUCGGGAUGCCAGAGGGUGCUGCAUACAUGUUUCACGCUAGUGUUCACAAAGCUCAUAUGAAGGAGCAACGCGUGAAGAUGAGAAGGAAUGCAAAAGGGAAAAGGAAGGCACGGGUGCAACCUGACGACAAAGACAAAGAAAAUAUUCAUAAUCUAAAGUAA